GAGCGGGCCUGGGGAGGCAGAGGGGUUCUGCAACACGGAGGGCGGGAGACUCUGAGCCGCGCGGGAGCCGGAGGGGCGCCCCGGCCUCCGCGGGGACGAUGGCGGAGGAAGAAGAUUGAAGCCUUACUGAACCAAGAGUGGAAGAAGGGAGUUUCAAGAAUUCAGUGGAAAGCAAUUUAAAAAAAUUAAUUGACCAACUAUAGAACUGCGCCAAAGAAAAAAGCCAAAGUCUUCAGAAAAUAAAGAAUCUGCCAAAGAAGAGAAAAUCAACAAUACUGCAAUUCCUGAAAGAGUUCCAAAACAUAUAUUAUUUCAGCGCUUUGCAAAGAUAUUCAUUGGCUGUCUUGCAGCAGUUACUAGUGGUAUGAUGUAUGCUCUCUAUUUAUCAGCGUACCAUGAACGGAAAUUCUGGUUUUCCAACAGGCAGGAGCUUGAACGGGAAAUUACAUUUCAGGGUGAUAGUGCCAUUUAUUAUUCUUAUUAUAAGGAUAUGUUAAAGGCACCUUCAUUUGAAAGAGGUGUAUACGAACUGACACACAAUAACAAAACUGUAUCUCUGAAGACUAUAAAUGCAGUGCAGCAAAUGUCUCUAUAUCCAGAACUUAUUGCCAGCGUUUUAUAUCAAGCAACUGGUAGCAAUGAGAUUAUUGAGCCAGUAUAUUUCUAUAUUGGCAUUGUUUUUGGAUUGCAAGGAAUAUAUGUCACUGCUUUAUUUGUUACAAGUUGGCUUAUGAGUGGAACUUGGCUAGCAGGAAUGCUAACUGUUGCAUGGUUCAUUAUUAACAGGGUAGAUACGACAAGAAUUGAAUACUCCAUUCCUUUAAGAGAAAACUGGGCACUACCAUAUUUUGCAUGCCAAGUCGCUGCACUUACAGGCUAUUUAAAAAGCAACUUAAAUUCUUAUGGAGAGAGGUUUUGCUACUUGUUGAUGAGUGCUUCAACUUACACAUUUAUGAUGAUGUGGGAGUACAGCCACUACCUCUUGUUUCUUCAAGCAAUAUCUCUCUUCUUGCUAGAUAGUUUUUCACUGGAGCAAAGUGAAAAGGUUCAUGAAGUUUAUAAAAUCUAUAUAUUUUCUCUCUUUCUGGGAUAUUUACUGCAGUUUGAGAAUUCGGCUUUAUUGGUAUCUCCUUUAUUAAGUUUCGUAAUAGCCUUAAUGCUUGCUAAGUGCAUCCAGCUGAAUGUGAAGAAAGGAACUUUCGUGGCUAAAAUAAUGAAAGUGAUUAAUUUUUACUUGGUGUGUACUCUGACAGUGACAUUGAAUAUUAUAAUGAAAAUGUUUGUCCCACACAAAGAAAAUGGACAUAUGCUGAAAUUCCUUGAAGUAAAAUUUGGACUAAAUAUGACUAAGAAUUUUACAAUGAAUUGGCUCCUAUGUCAAGAAUCCCUUCAGGCACCAUCUCAAGAAUUUUUUUUGCGAUUGACACAGUCUUCUUUAUUACCUUUCUAUAUUUUAGUGUUAAUUACUUGUUUUCUUUCUAUGAGUCAAGUUAUUUUUAGGAGAAUUAAUAGUGGUAAGUCCCUGAAAGAAACUAUUACGCUUGAAGAUGGACAAAUUGGAGAAAGGCCAGAAAUAAUUUAUCACGUGAUUCACACUAUUUUAUUGGGCUCUCUUGCAAUGAUUAUAGAAGGCGUGAAAUACCUCUGGACUCCUUAUGUGUGCAUGUUAGCAGCAUUUGGUGUAUGUUCUCCUGAACUUUGGAUGACACUUUUCAAGUGGCUUCGAUUACGAACUGUACACCCAGUAUUGUUGGCUCUCAUUCUGAGCAUGGCUGUCCCUACCAUAAUAGGUCUCAGCUUAUGGAAAGAGUUUUUUCCAAGAUUAAUGACAGAAUUAAUGGAACUACAAGAAUUUUAUGACCCAGAUACGGUGGAACUUAUGACCUGGAUAAAAAGGCAAGCUCCAGUCGCAGCUGUUUUUGCAGGAAGUCCACAGUUAAUGGGUGUGAUUAAAUUAUGCACUGGAUGGAUGGUGACAAGCUUGCCUCUUUACAAUGAUGAUGAUCUUCUCAAGAGAAAUGAAAAUAUCUAUCAAAUCUAUUCAAAGCGAUCUGCUGAGGAUAUUUAUAAAAUACUGACAUCCUACAAGGCUAACUACCUAAUUGUAGAAGAUGCUAUCUGCAAUGAGGUGGGAACCGUGAGAGGCUGUAGGGUUAAAGAUUUAUUAGACAUUGCAAAUGGCCACGUGGUUUGUGAAGAAGGUGACAAGAUAACCUACCCAAAACAUGGAAGAUUUUGUCAUGAGGUCAAAAUUAACUAUUCUCCUUAUGUGAAUUACUUCACUAGAGUGUACUGGAACAGAUCCUACUUUGUGUAUAAAAUCAACACUGUGAUAUCCUUUCAGUCUUGAAAAAUAGCAGAGCCUUCAUUUCAAAGACUUAUACCACCUGAAGUAAAAUGCAAUUUUCUUCUACCUACGUGGUGUCUUUUGGAAAUCAGAGUGUGGACAUUUGAAAUGUUGCUGCUGCUUUUCCCCUCCUGCUGUUAACUGGAUCUAGAAUUCUGUGGGGGAAAGAAGAUCAAACAUUACUGUCCUUUGGUAAAAUGUCAAAUCUGCCACUCUGCGUCAUUCCAGCCAGGUGUCUUCCUUACUGCUACAUGGUCUUUAAAGAUUUUACCUUCUAAACGAUUGUAAAAUUUUCCUCAUAAAUCUUCAUUCCAUCAUAACAUUAGUCUUGAAUUUGAAUAUUUUCAAGGUCAGAGUAUAUAUCUCAAAUAUAAGAUUUAAUAAAUAAUUAAUGUGAUAUAGAAGGAAAGAAUUAUUCUUUCCCUCAAGGAAGUUUCUGAAGGUAUUUCAUGGUGUAUAAUAGAACUGAAAUAUUACAAUAAAAAACUAAUUUAAAUGUUCACUGAAAAUUUGUGGCAUUUAAAUUAAAACGGAAAUUAUAUAAAGGAAAGUGAUUUUUAAGGAUAUACAUAAAGAUAUAUCCAGAUUUUCCAUGAUACUGCUCUCCUCAUCUGCUGCUUAUGUAAAUGAGCACUUUCUUAGUAAUAUACAGUGUAUGAUAUUGCAUUUCAUCACUUUAUGACUAUUAAGUGGUUAGUUUUUUCACUUAUGCCCAUAAAUUUGAUACCAAUUUAAUCAUGAUAAAACAGUAACUCUUGUUACCUAUGGGUUUUUUUUUUGGUUGGUUGGUUGUUUUUUUUUGCGGUACGCGGGCCUCUCACUGUUGUGGCCUCUCCCAUUGUGGAGCACAGGCUCCGGACGUUCAGGCUCAGCGGCCAUGGCUCACGGGCCCCGCCGCUCCGUGGCGUGUGGGAUCUUCCCGGACUGGGGCAUGAACCCGUGUCCCCUGCAUCGGCAGGCAGACUCUCAACCACUGCGCCACCAGGGAAGCCCACCUAUGUAUUUUUUAAAACAGACAUUUAAAAGAAUGUUCAAAAUUUAAAAAUAAAAGUAUGUUGUUUAGGUUUUUAAAAAAUAUGGAGUAUAUAAUCUAUUCACAUGUUUUCUAUUGAAGUAUUAAGUAAAAAAUUAAAUCUUUAUCAGAAUGAGAAUAUGAGCAACUAAAGUGAGCAACAAUUUCUGGAGAUAUGUGCAGAUGCUGUUUAACAUACCUCUGCAUAGAGGUGUAUUUAUGAUAAAACACAAGUGCUGUUAUUUAUGAAACGAUGAUACAGUCUUAAACAUUAAGAACAAAAUGACAAUUAUAAUAAAAUUCAGAGCACAGUUCCACAAUCUGUUAUGUUCCUUUAAGUUAAAUGUUUUCAUAUUUUUAAUUAUUAAUUAAAAGAAAUUCUAAAUGAUUAAUUUGGCCUUAUAAAGAGAUUCAGGAUGGAUGUAUCAUUUUAAUAAGAUGGGAUACAUAUUCAGUUUUACCUUAUACACCUGUUAAGUGAACAGAUUUAAAAUUUUUUCACUUGUUAGAGUGCUGUAAAAAUUGCAAUUUCAUUACUCUGAAUUACUACGUUAGAAAGGAACAUCUUUCCAUUUUCUUUAUUUUCUGUAAUAUAUAUUUUAAAAGUACAAAAGCACAUGCAUUCUUAGAUUAGCUCUAAGAUGUUUUGUUCUUUUGGAGCUUAAGUAUUGUUUGAUGGCAGUGUCAUAUGUCUGGUGCGUUAGUUUUAUUGGUUCUUAUUUCACGUUUUUAUAUAACUUUUAACAAUUAUAUUAAGAUAGCUACAGGCAGGUUAUUUCAGGUUCUCUGUACAUCUUAAUAGUGAGUCACUAGUAUUUAGCUUCAAGCCUUACGAAAAUAUUACCAUAGUUACCUAAGUACACAGUGAAUAGUCACAUGGUAGUACUUACAAUUAGAGGGAGCAUGUAAAACAAUGUAAUUUAAAAGUCAGCUUGCAUUUUUUUUUUUUUUUUUUUUUUGCGGUACGCGGGCCUCUCACUGUUGUGGUCUCUCCGGUUGCGGAGCACAGGCUCCAGAUGCGCAGGCUCAGCGGCCAUGGCUCACGGGCCCAGCCGCUCUGAGGCAUGUGGGAUCCUCCCAGACCGGGGCAUGAACCCGUGUCCCCUGCAUCGGCAGGCAGACGCCCAACCACUGCGCCACCAGGG